GUCCAAGGAACAUUAGAGUAGCACACAGUCCGAUGCUGGUUAAGGUGUCAUGGAUUUGUAAACCUUGUCGACAGUAACUAUUCAGUUCUUUCGGACAGAUGUUUUAGAAAACAGGUUGAUACUAUGGAUUGUAACUGAGAUAAUUAUCAGUUAGUUCGUUAAAAUGAAAAAGUUUACACCCAGCGUAAAGUCAUUGAGCAGUUUGACUAGGCAUGGUUCAAGCAGUGCCGUGGAGCAGGUUUGCAUGGUAGAUUGCCCUCAGAUUAAACCGAUCAAUCUUAUACCUGUUUUUGGAGAACAUAUUGUGGGACCUGAUGUUGCACGGCAAAAAGAUGGACAAGAAGUGGUCAAGGAGAAUGGAUGUGUCAGUGAUGUGCGGCCCCCUCCGAAACUGGGCUUUGAUAACCUGGGCUUUGUCCCAGGGAGCCCGUGUGAGUUGUGCCCCCAGGCCAGAGACUUGUGCUGUGGGGCCGCAGACACUGCUCUGGGGAGAGACCCAGAAAUCCAGACACCCCUGGCUCAAUCCGCCCUAGCGAGGAUCAGGGUGGAGGGUAUGACGUGCCAGUCGUGCGUGCGGUCCAUCGAGGGACGUGUAGGCCAAGUGCCGGGCGUCGUGGCCGUCCAGGUAUCCCUAAGUGACAAGGAAGCCACGGUGACCUUUAACCCUGGACUGGUAGUGCCAGAGGAGCUGAGGACGCACAUCGAGGACAUGGGGUUUGACGCUGCCCUCACUAACGGCUCCGUUCUGCCCUCCUCCCAUGGAGGGAAGGUGGAGGAGACAGCGGCAGGGGACGUGGCAGUGACCCUGGGCGUUGAUGGGAUGCAUUGUGGGUCGUGCGUGAACAACAUCCAGGAGCAUGUAUCUGGACUCAUGGGGGUCUCCUCCGUCAGCGUCUCCCUGGAAACCAGAAGCAUGGCCCUCAUGUACGACCCUUCACUGGUCGCCUUGGAGACAGUGAGAGGGCUUGUGGAAGGACUCCCGCCUGGUAAUUUUCGCGUGACCUUGCCGGCGGAACAUGAAGGAGCGACUGGGAGAACAGCUCUCACAGAGACGACCCCCAGCUCCCAGCAGCUGAACUUUGCACCCACGCCACCAACUGUAGACAGCGUGCCUCUCCAGGCUGUCACCAUUGGAAUCUCAGGGAUGACCUGCAACUCAUGUGUGCAGUCCAUUGAAGGGAUGAUAUCCCAGAGACCCGGAGUUGUGUCCAUCAGGGUCUCGUUAAAGGAGGAAAAGGGAACGGUGACCUUUAACCCCACUCUGACCAGUGCAGAAGAGCUAAGGGCCAACAUUGAGGAUAUGGGGUUUGAGGCCACGCUUGAGGAAGUGCCCAGCUCCACAGACAAAAGGACAACCACUGAAUCCAACUCCAAAAGCUCUCCUCACCGUAGUACCCAGCCAUCUAAUGACUUAGCAGCUAAAGUGGCCAGCAACCAGCAGUCGUGUGAAGGGACCACCCAGAAGUGCUUUAUCCGUGUGACUGGCAUGACUUGUGCCUCCUGUGUAGCUAACAUUGAGCGCAGCCUCCUCAAACACAAAGGUGUGGUGUCUGUUUUGGUAUCGCUGAUGGCGGGAAAGGCGGAGGUCCGGUAUGACCCACUGGUUCUGGACGCUGGUCAAGUCAGUCGGCUCAUAUCUGGCCUCGGCUUUGGUGCUACACUCAUGGAGAGCAGUGCAGUCGCCGAUGGAAAAGUGGAUCUCUCUGUGACUGGCAUGACUUGUGCGUCAUGUAUCCAUAACAUUGAAAACAAGCUGCUCAGGACUAGGGGUGUUUUUGAGGUCUCUGUGUCUCUGGCAACCAAAAAGGCUCAUGUGAACUUUGACCCAGAAAUACUUGGUGCCAGGGACAUCAUCAGAAGCAUUGAGGCUUUGGGCUUUGGAGCGUCUCUGAUCAAAAGUGACGGUUUUGGAAAAAAUGAAGCCUUGGACCACCGGGAGGAGAUUCAACAAUGGAAGCAGUCCUUCCUGUUCAGCCUGGUGUUCGGCGUCCCAGUGAUGGGCCUGAUGAUCUACAUGAUGGUGAUGGACAGUCAAAACCAGGAGCAUGGCGGCUCCAUGCCCCAUGGGCAGAACGUGCUCCCCGGGCUCUCCAUCCUCAACCUCGCCUUCUUCCUUCUCUGCACACCUGUGCAGAUCUUUGGGGGCCGGUACUUCUACAUUCAGGCAUACCGGUCACUGAAGCACAAAGUGGCCAACAUGGACGUCCUGAUCGUACUGGCCACCACCAUCGCAUACAUCUACUCUUGCGUUGUCCUGUUAGUGGCCAUGGCAGAGAAGGGGGAGACCAGCCCCGUCACCUUCUUUGACACUCCCCCCAUGCUGUUCGUCUUCAUCGCUCUCGGGCGGUGGCUGGAACACGUUGCUAAGAGCAAAACAUCUGAGGCGCUGGCCAAGCUCAUGUCCCUGCAAGCGACUGAUGCCACCAUAGUGACCCUGGGUCCCGACCACUCCAUUAUCAGGGAAGAGCAGGUCUCUGUGGAUCUGGUCCAGAGGGGAGACGUGGUGAAGGUGGCUCCCGGAGGAAAGUUCCCCGUGGAUGGGAAGGUGAUCGAGGGCAGCUCCAUGGCCGACGAAUCUCUCAUUACAGGUGAGCCCAUGCCCGUGUGUAAGAAGCCGGGCAGCUGUGUGAUUGCGGGCUCCAUAAACGCCCACGGGGCGCUGCUGGUGGAGGCCACUCACGUCGGGGCGGACACCACUCUCAGCCAGAUAGUCAAACUGGUCGAGGAGGCCCAGACGUCUAAGGCGCCCAUCCAACAGUUUGCUGAUAGACUGAGUGGCUACUUCGUCCCGUUCAUCGUGCUCGUCUCCGUGGUCACCCUGGUGGUCUGGCUCAUCAUAGGCUUUCUGGACUUUGACAUUGUAGCGGCAUAUUUCCCAGGCUACGAUAAGAACAUUCCUCGCACAGAUGUGAUCGUGCGCUUCGCCUUCCAGACCUCCAUCACGGUCCUGUCAAUUGCUUGCCCCUGCUCCCUGGGCCUGGCAACCCCGACUGCUGUGAUGGUGGGCACAGGAGUGGGCGCCCAGAACGGCAUCCUCAUCAAGGGCGGCGAGCCUCUGGAGAUGGCACACAAGAUCAAGACGGUGAUGUUUGAUAAGACAGGCACCAUCACCAACGGAGUGCCACAGGUGACGAGGGUACUGGUGCUGUGGGACAAGGCCCGCAUGCCUCUCCGGAAGGUUCUGGCCGUCGUGGGCACCGCCGAGGCCAGCAGUGAACACCCGCUGGGUCUGGCUGUCGCCAAACAUUGCAAACAGGAGCUGGGCAGCGAGACUCUGGGGUUCUGCCAUGACUUCCAGGCAGUGCCCGGCUGCGGAAUCAGCUGCAGAGUCUCCAGCGUGGACGAGCUGCUGCGCACCCUGGACCAGGCUAUCGAGUCCGAGGGCCGUCUCACCAUCGAAGGGGCCACGACGGACGAGAGCAGCCUGGUCACUGGCUCAGAGCCUGGAACGUACUCUGUGCUGAUUGGUAACAGAGAGUGGAUGAGGCGUAACGGUCUACACAUCACCACUGAUGUGGACGAGGCCAUGACCAGCCACGAGACCAAAGGCCAGACCGCAGUGCUGGUGGCCAUAGACGGGGUGCUGUGUGCCAUGCUGGCGAUAGCCGACACGGUGAAGGCCGAGUCUGCACUGGCCAUCCGCACCCUGAACAGCAUGGGCAUCGAUGUUGUCAUGAUCACCGGAGACAACCGCCGCACCGCUAAAGCUAUCGCCACACAGGUGGGCAUCAGGAAGGUGUUUGCGGAGGUGCUGCCAUCUCACAAGGUGGCGAAGGUGCAGGAGCUACAGGAGCAGGGCCUGAGAGUAGCCAUGGUGGGGGAUGGCGUCAACGACUCGCCCGCUCUCGCCCGCGCUGACCUUGGCAUCGCCAUCGGAACGGGCACCGACGUAGCCAUCGAGGCUGCCGACGUGGUUCUGAUCAGGAAUGACCUGCUGGAUGUGGUCGCCAGUAUUGAGCUGUCAAAGAAAACGGUCAAGAGGAUCCGUAUCAACUUCGUCUUUGCUCUCAUAUACAACCUGUUGGGAAUCCCAAUUGCUGCAGGAGUAUUCAUGCCAGCUGGUCUGGUGCUGCAGCCUUGGAUGGGCUCCGCAGCAAUGGCAGCCUCCUCUGUAUCAGUGGUGGUCUCCUCAUUACUGCUCAGACUGUAUAAGAAGACCCCGGUGGAGAUGUUUGAGCUCCGAGCCCGGGGCCACACGAAGAGCCUCAACCCCUCUCAGGUGAGCGUCCACGUGGGCCUGGAUGACCGCCACCGCACCCCCCCAUCCGGCCGCCACACCUGGGAAAGACAGAGCCAGGGCAGCUACCUCCCGGGGUCCCCUCGACCACCCUCCUCUUCCUCAGCCCAGGACCGGCGCUCUCUCCUAGAUGACGAAGGAGGUGUGGACUUGAUUGUGUGACCUUGUUCCCUCCCAAUGAUGAAGGAGGUGUGGACUUGAUUGUGUGACCUUGUUCCCUCCCAAUGAUGAAGGAGGUGUGGACUUGAUUGUGUGACCUUGGUCCCUCCCAAUGAUGAAGGAGGUGUGGACUUGAUUGUGCGACCUUGCUUCCUCCCAAGGAUGCACAUACAAAAGCAGCAAGGAGGAUGCCUAUCUUUGAUUAUGGUUAUUGGAACCAACUUGGGACCACCUGCCCCAUAGACCCCUGUGCACUAAGGGUGAGUAAGGAGGAGGGGACAAUCAGAAUGACGGUUUACUUAAAAGCCAGCAUCCUGACCACAUUCAGGCACGUUCCAGUACCCUAAGGGACCUUGGUUCGACUUCCGAGCCAAGGUCAUUUCUUGAUCUCACCCUCAUCCUUCUUUCCCACUUCACUUCACGUUAGUAUUCACUGUCCUCUCAAAUAAAGUAAAAAAAAAAAAGUCCCAAAUAUAUCAUUUCAAUUCCAAGGAAAGGGAUCAUACUGGAUGGCUAUGAGGACACCAGGAGUGGACGAGACAUCCGAAUACUUAAACAACUUUUUGGACGACUAUGUCAGAGAACAACAGUACCUUUAAGAGCAAUACCUGACAGUGUUUAAUGUGGGAAAUCAUUUCAUAUACAUUGCACCAGUUAAUGAUUUUCACAUCUCAAUCAUUAAAUAAAUCAAAUAAAUUUGAAAGA